GAGUAGGAAGCCGUGAGGCUGCGUCGUUUUUUCACUGCUGUUGCUGUUUUUGUCCGUGGAGGAGAGAGAGAGCAAGAGCGAGAAGAAAAGAGAAGGACAGAAAGAGCGGACAGAUAUCUCACCAAACCCGACUUCUUUAAGAAGAAUAACAAUGAAAAACAACUCCAACGUCCCCGCGUUCCUCACCAAGCUGUGGACCCUGGUGGAAGACUCCGACACCAAUGAGUUCAUCUGCUGGAGUCAGGAGGGCAACAGUUUCCUUGUGCUGGAUGAACAACGGUUUGCAAAAGAGAUCCUUCCGAAGUUUUUUAAGCACAACAAUAUGGCCAGCUUUGUCCGGCAGCUGAACAUGUAUGGCUUUCGCAAGGUGAUGCACAUUGACACCGGCAUAGUAAAGCAAGAACGAGAUGGACCAGUUGAAUUUCAGCAUCCCUACUUCAAACAUGGUCAGGAUGAUUUACUGGAGCACAUAAAGAGAAAGGUAUCCAAUGGAAGACCAGAGGACAACAAGCUAAGGCAAGAGGAUCUGUCCAAAAUACUAUCCAGCGUUCAGAAUGUACAUGACAAACAAGAAAACAUGGAUGCGAGGCUUGCCACUUUGAAACGAGAGAAUGAGGCUCUAUGGAGGGAGAUGUCAGACCUAAGGCAGAAACAUGCCCAACAGCAGCACGCUAUAAAAGAGCUUGUGCAGUUCAUCUUUACACUUGUCCAGAACAAUCGCCUGCUAAAUCUGAAACGCAAAAGGCCACUGUUAUUGAGCAGCAAUGGCAAGAAGUCGAAAUACAUCUCUGAGAUCUUUGAGGACCAUUUGGACAACGAAAAAUCUGCAGUCAGUGGGGUCAACGGCCUGAAGACCAACUCUGACAUUUCUGAUGAUGUCAUCAUCUGUGACGUUACUGAUGAGGUAGAAGUUACAGUGGAUGUGUCAAGAACUGCUGAUGAUGAUGACAUUGAAAUAGUCCAGGUAAACAAUGAAGUCAGUCCAGCGACAGAAAAGCCAUGCACAAAAGCAAAUACAUCCAUAAACUCAAACUCUGUUCAAGAAGCAACAGAAGAAACUCCUAAAAGCUUAAUCAACACCCAAGCACCAAGCAGUGCCCUGCAGUUAAAUAUAUCAUCCGCUCUAAUUCAAGAGGACCCCAUGAAGUUGAUGGACUCUAUCCUUAAUGAAAGUGGAACCAUUUCACAAAAUAUCAACCUUUUGGGCAAGGUUGAGCUGAUGGACUAUUUGGACAGCAUUGACUGCACUUUGGAAGACUUCCAGGCCAUGCUGAAUGGAAAACAGUUUAGCAUUGACCCAAAUAUUCUAGAGAACAUCGACUCUAAUCCAAAAGACAGCAACCUCCUUCCUAAAAACACUGAAAAUGGCAUUGCAGACAAACAGCUGAUUCAGUACACCAGCUGCCCCCUGAUGGCCUUCCUGGAUGGAUGCAGCCCUUUACCCUCCGCCCUAGAGUCGCAGCCCGAAGACGUGAGCCAGUCUCCGUUUACGCAGAACAGCGAGGAGCCUAUGGACCUGCUGGAUUCUGCUCUGGAGAGAGAAGAGACCCAACGCCGCACAAUGAUCCGCCUGGAACCCCUCACGGAGGCCGAGGCCAGCGAGGAAACGCUCUUCUAUCUGUGUGAACUUGGCUCAGGCCUGGCUCCUGCUGACCAGCAUCUGUUGGAGGUGUGAACGGGAAUCGGGAGACAAAAGUGACUGGACCUUUUUUGUACAUAUUCAUCAAAAUGAUGACUAAUUUAUUUGAUGGAAUUUUUGGCCACCUUGGAAAACAACAUUCCAUCAAUUCAUGUUUCAGCUUCUUGUUAUCGUACACUUGCUGUCUCAUUUCAAAAACGUCCACAAGAAGAUGUGGCUGCAGUUACUUUGCUGGUUGUACACUGCAGCAGGUUUAUAUGCAUAGAGAUUAUAGGGAUUUCUUUUCAUUUUUUAUAUUGAUUAAUUGUGUGACUACAAGAUUUGUGAAUGACAGACAGUCUUGUAAGUGCCUGUGACCGGUAUCUGUACAUACAAUACUCUCUUGUUAGUUCCAUAAUGUUCUGAAAGUGGAGUGUAAUUUGCCUUCCUUGUAUUAUUUGUCACUAUCACAAGCUUGACACUUACAUUAAAAAAAUUAUUCAAA